AUGAAAACCAUGUCUCCCUGGUCGAUACCCAGUAUAACAAACCUCUUAAUGCUUCCCCUACUCCCCCUACUCCCAGCCCAAGCCUCAACAGAGACACCAACUAUCCUCCCAACUCCACCAAUGGGCUUCAACAACUGGGCACGCUUCAUGUGUGAUCUCAAUGAAACACUAUUUACAGAAACAGCCCAGUCAAUGCUCAGCCGCGGUCUCCAGCGCGCAGGCUACAACCGCCUCAACCUAGAUGACUGCUGGAUGCGCCAUGACCGUGCUUCCGACGGCUCCCUGCAGUGGAACACCACCUUGUUCCCGCACGGCAUUCCCUGGCUGGCCGAAUAUGCCACCAAGCAUGGCUUCCACCUGGGCAUCUAUGAAGAUGCCGGGAAUCUCACUUGUGGUGGGUAUCCGGGGUCGUAUGGACAUGAACAGCAGGAUGCGGAGACAUUCGCCAGCUGGGGAAUUGACUAUCUCAAGCUGGAUGGGUGUAACGUCUGGGCGGAGGGUGGUCGGUCGCUUCGUGAGGAGUACCGCGUGCGCUAUGGACAGUGGCAUGAUAUCCUUACAGCAAUGGAGAACCCGCUGAUCUUUUCCGAGUCUGCGCCGGCUUAUUUCGCUGAUAAUGCCUCGGACUGGGCUGUUGUCAUGGACUGGGUGCCGAGGUAUGGGGAGUUGGCGAGGCAUUCGACUGAUGUGUUGGUGUAUGUUGGCGAGGGGAGUGCUUGGGAUAGUAUUAUGAAUAAUUACGACUAUAAUACUCUGCUGGUGCGCUACCAGGCUCCGGGGUAUUAUAAUGAUCCUGAUUUCUUGAUACCCGAUCAUCCUGGUUUGACGCAGGUUGAGAAGGAGUCGCAUUUUGCGCUGUGGACUUCGUUUUCGGCGCCGCUUAUUAUCAGUGCCUAUAUUCCUGCUCUAUCGGAUGAUGAUAUUGCAUAUCUUAGCAAUGCUGCUCUUAUAGAGGUGGAUCAGGACCCACUGGCCGAGCAGGCUGCUUUGGUUAGUCGGGAUGGGACGUUCGAUGUGUUGACUCGCUCGUUGGCGAAUGGAGAUCGACUUCUCACUGUGCUGAACCGUGGCAGUACAACUGCAAAGACUAGUGUUUCUGUUGCUCGUCUGGGUCUUUCCUCAAAGUCACCCUGCGAGUAUCGCGCUCACAAUCUAUGGACUGGUCAAAUUUCGACUAUUCGUGAGGCUGUUGAUAUUACGCUUGACUCCCAUGCUACAGGUGUCUUCCGUAUCACGCCUAGACAUUGCACUGCUAUUACACCUACGGGAAUGGUGUUCCAUACACCAUCUGGUCUAUGUAUGACGGCGUCCUCUGCGAAGGUCACUUUUGAAAAGUGCCGUGCUUUGGACUCUCAGGUCUGGAGUGUUGAUGCUAAUGGUAGCAAGCUAACUCUGAGUCCGCUGUCGGAUGGAACCGCUUGUCUUGCUUCUUCGAAGGAUGGGAAAGGGGUUUCCCUCACCCAGUGUGAUGGUGCUCGUGCAACUUGGUCGCACCAUGUUACCGGUCAUUUGAGCAAUGAGCAUGCCGGGGGUUGUCUGACUGGGGGCUCUGGAGGUGGAGCUAUUGUGUCUUGUGUGAUUGAUAGUGCCGCUCAGAUCUUUGGGUUGCCUAGUGGUGUGCAACUCGGUGGGAGUAUCUGA